AAACAGUUUAUAAUUAAUGAUUUUGAUGUGUGCUUCAUCGUCUCAUUCCCCUUCAUCAUCUCCUUCCCUUUACUCAUUGCCAUCAUCGCCGUCUCCAACUCUCCUUGAUCUUAUGCUCGAUCGCCGAAUCGCAAGUAGAGACAGCGGGCUGAAGGCGCGUCUAACUGGCACACAAAGGUUCUAUUUUUCGGUUGGAUUUUGGGUUUUACCAUCUGGAUAUUGUCCAUCUUCUCAUCUUCCAGAAAAUCAAGGGGUUGGUAAAUGGUCUUGGUUUUAUUGGGCUCUCUACCCAGCCAUAGUAGGGAAUGGGGAGUUGGAAUUUUUUUGCUAAAAAUUCACAUGUAGAUUCGCGGAUGGGAAAAUGACCAGUGAUCCGAUGAAUCCACCUGGACUGGUCGUAUCGACCACCGAACCCAUCCUCUCAUUCCUCACCUCAGCUUCCACAGACCCACACCUCUCUCAUGAACUCCAGCAAAUUGGGUCCAAUCUAUCCUCCAAACCCAAUGUACCGUACAAGUCUCUCCGAGCUCUUUGGGUUGCAUCUGAUGCCUCGACCCGACCGCAGUUGGCCCAACUCUUCUCUGGAUGCGAGUUCGUCCUCACCAGCCCCAAACCCAGAGAAAAGAGUGAGGAGUUGAAGGCUAGACUUAAGAAGCUGGCUGAAGUUUUGGAGAGGAAUGCAUAUGCAGAACUUGUGAAGGAUAUUACCCCUAAGAAAGAAACCACUGAGCCUUUCUCUUCUUACAAGGAUCAACUCGGCUUUGGUUUACAUGUUGUGGUGACCAUGUUUACCUGCUAUUUGGUAGGAUAUGCUGCAUUCAGAGCUUUGUUUAACCACAGUCCCGUCAUGAAUGCUGCUGGAGGCAUUCUUGGAUUGGUCAUUGGCAUGCUCGUGGAAACAUUUAUUUUCAUAAUUAGAACUUCUAGUCAAGAUCUCAGAUCAUCUUCUUCCACAUCCAAGCUAAAGAAGAAUCAGUAGGCUUGGUCUUUGGAGGUUUCGAUGAGGAGGAUGAAGCGUAAACAGAGGAGAAAUGUCUAUGUUACUAAAUAUACUCGUAUACUUCAAACAGUCAGGUACAUUCUUGUCCUCAUAGAGUUAUCCAUCGGCCUGAUUUGCAUGAAGCCGGAUAAGUAUGGUUGUUAGUUUUACAGAUCGAUCGUGGGUUUACCACCGAAAGAUUAAAUCAAGGUCUUAUAGUGGACCUUUUUUUUGUAUUACCAUUACAUCCCAGUGGGAUGUUUUUUGGAUGGUGGUUUGGGAUCAAGAUCUUUGUACCUUUUUCAAUGUUUUCGCAAAUUUGUGCCACAAGAAACACUUGAGACUUAACAUCUGCAGAUUAUUUGAA